GAAAUUACAAAAACACUAUGCAGUAUACUGUUUUGGUUAUCGGUGGUGGUGGUAGAGAACAUGCUAUUGCUUGGAAACUCUCACAAUCCCCACAUGUAAAUAAAAUUUAUGUUUCUCCUGGAAACAAUGGAAUUUCAUUAGUUGAUAAAGUGUCUUUGGUGAAGUUAAAUAUUAAAGAUAAUAAGGAAACAGCAAAGUGGAGUAAAGAAAAUAAAAUAAAUUUAGUAGUUAUUGGUCCAGAAGAAUAUUUGGCAAAUGGAUUAGCAGAUGAAUUGAAGGAUGUAGGAAUUAACUGUUUUGGUCCACAAAAAGCAGCAUCUAAAAUUGAAGCUGACAAAUACUGGGCAAAAGAAUUUAUGGAUAGAUAUCAAAUUUCUACUGCAAGAUGGAAAGGUUUUGUAAAUGCAGAUGAAGCAAAGAAAUUUGUUGUAAAUGCACCAUUUCCAGCACUUGUAAUAAAGGCUUCUGGUUUAGCAGCUGGAAAAGGAGUUAUAGUAGCAAAAGAUAAAGAAGAAGCAUGUAAAGCUAUAGAUGAAAUUUUAACAAAUAAAAAAUUUGGAUCUGCUGGAGAGUCAGUAGUUGUAGAAGAAUUACUAGAAGGAGAAGAAGUUUCUGUACUUGCAUUUACAGAUGGAAAAACUAUUGUACCAAUGGCACCUGCUCAAGAUCAUAAAAGAAUAUUUAAUGAAGAUAAAGGACCAAAUACUGGUGGUAUGGGUGCUUAUUGCCCAUGUCCAUUGCUAAACAAAGCAGAUUAUGAAAUAGUAAAAUCAGAUGUCUUACAAAAAGCUAUUGAUGGUCUUAGGCAAGAACAUAUUCCAUUUGUUGGUGUACUAUAUGCUGGACUGAUGUUAACAAAAAGUGGACCCAAAGUACUAGAAUUUAAUUGUAGAUUUGGAGAUCCAGAAACACAAGUGAUAUUACCAUUACUGGAUUCAGAUUUAUUUAGCAUUAUGAAGGCUUGUUGCGAGGAAUCUUUAUUAGAGUCUCAAGUAGUAUGGAAAGAAGAUUUGUUUGCUGUUGGUAUUAUUUUGGCAUCUCAAGGGUAUCCAGUAUCAUCAUCAAAAGGCCAAGUUAUAACAGGCAUCAAUGACAUUUUGCAUAAAACGAAUCACUUCAUUUUUCAUAGUGGAACAAAUACUUCUCCUCAAGGAGAAUUGUUAACUAAUGGAGGAAGAGUUUUAAUUACAGUAAGUUUAGCACCAUCAUUGGCUUUAGCUGCUGCCAAAGCAACACAUGCUGCUCAAAGUAUAUCGUUUGAAGGAAAGCAAUUUAGAACAGAUAUAGCACACAAAGGAAUAGCUAGGUCUAUAUUACAUCAUGGAAAGUUAACAUAUAAAAGUAGCGGUGUAGAUAUAGAAGCUGGAGAUUCACUAAUUUCGGCUAUUAAACCAGUAACCUGUGCAACACAACGUUUAGGUGCAAUAGGUUCAAUUGGCAGUUUUGGUGGUCUAUUUGAUACAAAAGCUGCGGGUUAUAAGGAUCCAAUUUUAGUAUCUGGAACUGAUGGUGUUGGAACUAAGUUAAAGAUAGCAUUUGAAUACAAUAAACAUGACACAGUGGGUAUAGAUUUGGUGGCUAUGUGUGUGAACGAUGUUCUUGCACAUGGUGCGGAACCUUUAUUUUUCCUCGAUUAUUUUGCUUGUGGUAAAUUAAAUGUGAAUAUAGCUAACGAUGUUAUAAAUGGAGUAAGUGAAGGAUGUAAAAGAGCCGGAUGUUCGUUAAUUGGUGGGGAGACAGCCGAAAUGCCUGAUAUGUAUUCCAAUGAAGAAUAUGAUUUAGCAGGUUUCGCUGUAGGUGCAGUUGAAAGAAACGAUUUACUUCCACGUAUAGAUGACAUAAAACAAGGUGACAUUAUAAUUGGCCUGCCAUCGAGUGGAAUACAUAGUAACGGAUUCAGUCUUGUUCGAAAAGUUCUAAAAUUAACAGAUAAAAAGUAUUCAGAUGUAGCACCUUUUUCUGAAAAUAAUGGCACAAUCGGUGACGAAUUGUUAGAACCGACAAAAAUUUAUGUAAAAGCAGUAAUUCCCGCAUUGCGAACAAAUUUAGUAAAGGCGUUUGCACAUAUUACUGGAGGAGGUUUUACAGAAAAUAUACCAAGAGUUUUACCAAAAGACAUGGGAGUAGUGUUAGACGCAACAUUGUGGAAAAUUCAACCAAUCUUUGCUUGGUUAGCAGCAGUAGGAGAGAUUAAUAAACAAGAAAUGUUAAAAACAUUUAAUUGUGGUAUUGGUGCUAUUUUAAUUUGUUCAGAAAAAGAUAAAGACAAAAUUUUAACAAAAUUACAAACAGAAAAUCCUAAAAUCAUUGGACAUGUAACUAAUUGUAAAGAGAGUAAAACUAGAAUAAACGUUAAGAAUUUUGAAGAAGCACUAGAAUUAGGAAUGAAACGAUAUAUACCAGACAUCGUUACAAAAUUAAGCAAACCUCUAAAAAGAGUAGGUGUUUUAAUAUCUGGUAGUGGAACAAAUUUACAAGCACUAAUCGAUGCAACUCGAGAUUCAUCGCAACAUAUUGGUGCAGAAAUUGUUCUAGUAAUAUCCAAUAAACCAAAUGUUGAAGGACUUAAACGAGCCGAAAGAGCCGGUAUUAAGGCAAAGGUUAUUAAACAUACUGAUUAUCCUAGUCGAGAAGCUUUUGAUUCAGUAAUGAAUGUCGAACUUGAUGCUGUUGGAGUUGAAAUAGUUUGUCUUGCUGGCUUUAUGCGUAUUUUAUCAGAAAAGUUUGUAAAUCGGUGGCGCGGUGCUUUAAUAAACGUACACCCUUCGUUAUUGCCAUCCUUCAAAGGUGCAUGUGCACAUAAAGAUGCUCUAGCAAUCGGAGUACGUAUUUCAGGAUGUACAGUGCAUUUCGUCGAGAUCGAUAUAGAUUCUGGAGCAAUUAUUGAACAAGCAGCGGUACCCGUAUUACCACAUGAUACUGUAGAAAGUCUCCAAGAACGAGUGAAAACAGCUGAACAUCGAAUAUUUCCACUAGCUUUAAAAUAUUUAGCUACUGGAAGGAUACAACUGAAAAAAGAUAAUUCCAUUAUGUGGAAUUAUUAA